GUUUUUGACAUAAGAAAAAAUCUUGUGGUAUCAUCAGUUAAUUCUUGGUUUCUUCGAUUAGUGCAGUGUGUUCUAAAAUGGUGGUGGCUGCUUUUUACCCGCUUCGCAAUGAGCACAAAACUUUAGAAAUGGCCACGGUUACGGCCACGAUGGAGUCCUCCCAGAGCCUGAUCCAGUCGGAGAGCAGGGUCCAGCACAGCUACCAGGAGGUGCAGGUGUCGGAGCAGAGGCACUCCGAGCGACAUGUCACUGAGAAGAAGAAGAAGUCCAAGACCAGGAGGCAUAAGGACGAGGGCGCUAUUUCUGUGUCGAAAAGCACCGACAAGCUGUACAAGAAAAUGAAGGCCGCCUCGGACGGGGAAUCGAACCCGCAGUGCGAGAUGUGCGCCCGGCCCGUCUACGCCAUGGAGCGGAUCAAAGCAGAGAAGAGAGUGUGGCACAAGGAGUGCUUCCGUUGUGUGCAAUGCAAUAAACAGCUGACAGUUGAGACUUAUCAGAGCGACCACACGACGUUGUACUGCAAGCCGCAUUUCAAACAGCUGUUUGAACCGAAACCGGUGGACGGGGUCGACGAUGUUGAUGCGGCGCCGACUAAAAAGCAUCAAUUGAUCAUUUGUGAGAGUAAUCCAGUGGAGUUGCCACCAGAUGUCGUUAGAGCGUCAGACAGGCCGGACCUGGGGUUGGAGGAGCUGUCGCAGCUGGACGUGAAGGCGCGCUUCCAGGUGUUCGAGCGCGCCGCGCGCCCCGCGCCCGAGCCCGAGCCCGCGCCCGCGCCCCGGGCUCCCCGGGAGAAGAGCACAGCGCUGCUGUCCAAACUAGCCAAGUUCAAAGCGAAGGGCAUGGACAUUGGCGUGUCUGACGAGUACCUGAACGGGGUUCCCAUAGAGCAGAGUUCCAGCGAGCCGGAGGAAGAAGAGGACGACGAAGACUCAGUGCUCAAGAAGUCGUACAAGCAAACGGCUAAUCGCGAACAACCCGUCUCGUUCUGCAACAUGAGCGAGAUCGUGGGCAAGUUCGAGAGCGGGCAGCACGCGGCCUCCGAGAGACACCGCGAGAGGAAGCAGGAGAUACAGAACAUCAGGAGCAGGUUGUUUAUGGGCAAACAAGCCAAAAUCAAGGAGAUGUACGAGCAAUCGGUUCUACAGAGUGAACAAGGAGUGGUAUCGGCCGACAAAAUCUCCCGCGAACUCGAAUUGGACGCUGAAAAAGCGCGCGCGAUCAAACAACGCUUCGAGAACGGGGAGGUUUUCAACGAUGAAAAUCAGCCGCCGAGGAACAGGGAGAUUGAUGACAGGACACUCUUCAAUGAAGGCAUUGGAAAGAAGUCGCGCUCGAUCUUCUUGGAAUUAGACGCUAAUGCGAAAAACAUGGCGCCCCUCUCCCCGCCCCCGCAGGAACCGCCGAAAAGGAAGGAACUUGCGUUCGUUCCCAAAGACGUGGUCCGCGCCGCUGACAAAGUGGAGGAGGUGAAGAUUGAGACCGCCGAUAUCACGGAUCGAUUCCGUUUCUUCGAGACUUACAAGCCGGAGACUGUGAAGAAGGAGUUCAGAAUGACGCCGCCCAGGCAAACCCAGCGCGCCAAAUCACCAUCACCAGAGUUGUACCACGAGCCAAGCGUGGUGCGCAGCGAUGAACACCAUAGCGACACCGGACUGGCUGCUGACAGACAUACUGCGUCCCGUAUGAUCUCCGUGUUCCGACAGAUGGAGACACAGCUCAACAGACAGGAAGAGAAUCAAGGUCCGAAACCGCUGAAACGCUUCACCCCGCCCCCGCCCGGGGAGCGCGCCCACCAGGGGCGGUCCUCCUCCUCGGAGGCGGACAGCGGCGAGUCGGAGUGCGAGGAGGACAGCGAGGACGAGCGCCGGCGGCUCUGUCUCGAGGCGAGGCAGAGGGACGAGGCGCUCAAACAGGCACAACAGCUAGCCCGCACCAAAAGCUUCCGCUCUCGUUUCGAGAACUGGUCUGAGAGCGAGCCGCAGCGGUCGCCGUCUACCAUCGUCGUUAGAGAGGAUGACGACGACGGGGAGUCGCAGCUGGAGACUGCCAAGAGCCUCCGUGAGAAGUUUGAGAACAUGAAAGUGCAGUCCAGCUCCGUCACAAAGACGUUUGUGCCAAAAGUCAACAGAUUUGUGUGAAUAAAGAGUGGACCCUUCUCAAACGACCCCCAUUUGCCAAAGUUAACCCUUUCAGGUUGUAAAGUCAUUGUAACUUGCCUUUUUAUAUUAUUUUCUAGUUAAGCUGCGUUUUAUCCCGUUUUUCGACGAAUAUUCUUAGUUAUUAUAGGAAAAUAAUAAUUUAUACUUUGUAUAGGGACUGAUAGGAUUUUUGCAUUUUAAGAUAAUGUGCCUUAAUAUAUUACGUGCAAUUAUAAAAAAAAAUGUUUUAUCAUUUGCCUUUUAUUGAUACUAAAUUGUGUAUUUUUUGACAAUAUUGGUAAAAAUUAUUAUACACUGUAGCAGAUAAGUUUAAAGCAAUAUUUGUUAAAAAUGAGGAAAUGAGUAAUUUAAAAAAUUUACUGCGGUUCAUUCGGAUUAUUUUAAAAUUACUUUGAUCUGAAAAUUACUUUUAUAACGCUCUCUUCAUACUUUUAAUUUUUUUUUAUUAUUAUAAAAUAUGGAAUCUGCUCCAAAUAUUAGUAAUAAUAUUAAUGUAAGUUGCAGUUACAACAAUUAAGGUGCUAAAGAUCUCUUUAACUCAUCGAGAUAUAGUUUUAUACAUUUUACGAAUUCAUUUAUCUCGGAAAAGAACUGACUUUUGAAGUUUCAAACAGACGUUUUCAAGAUUUUUUUACUUUUUGUAAUUAUUUAUAUGGUUUAUCAUAUAAAUUGAAUGACAAAAGUAUGAGUAAAAUAUAAAAUUAAUAUUAACACAUUUUCGCAAAAUGAAUAACGAUGGCCUUAUUUUUGAAAAUAAUUUCUGGACCACUUUGUUUUAAACGGCUACUAUAUAAUUAAUAUGUUUUGAAGUCUAUUAAAAAAAAAAUUACCUGUUGUCAUCUUGCCAUUAUAAUCUUUGUGCCAUUAUCAUUGUAUGAAAAAAUUGUAUUUAUUCGACGAUUAUAAUUACAGACGAUGUCUACAUUUGUACUCAAAUAAAAAAAAAAUACUUGCUAUAUUAUUUAUAAAUUAUAUUAGUCACAUAAGUAGUGAAGGAUUUAUGAUCCCGUCACGUAUAUACUGUUAUCUAAAACCAAUUUAAAGCAAUGUUUUAUUGCAUUGAGUUCUAUUUGGAAUCUAUUUUAUAACGCUUUAGUUACAAAUAUUCAAUUAUUUGUUAAGGAUCUUCAUAUAUUUAUAAUACUCAUAUGUCAUGUUUUGUACUUUAUAAAAAUAAUUUUUACUACAAUAUGACUGAAUACCAUCUCACUAUUUAUUGUUUGUACUUAAAACUGUUUUUUCAUGUUUUAUAUAUCUGCGGUAU